AUGGCACUGAACUACGCAUCCCAGAAACUUGGGGACCCACUAGAUCUGUUCACCAGGGUUAUGGUUCACCAGGUCAUGGAUAUCCUCCACGUGGAACUGACCAGGCACCAAACUGAAGUUGACCCCAUUGUGCAGCAUCAGAGUGCAGGACGUCCAUCCACCGGGACCUCUGUGCCAGACAGCAGUGACUAUGGCUGUUUUGUCACAGUUCUGAUGCUCAGACUGCUGGCAAAAAUCAUGGAUCAACAAACUGCCUCUGCCGAUAUGACGGAUUGCUCCCGAGAGUUGAUUCAGAAAGUCCUCUCUGAGUUCAGCAGUGCCUCAGGAACGCCGAACUUCCUGACAUAUGAAAGCAACACCAAGAUCCAGACUUUGUACAGAAGUAUGGACAAGUUCCUUCUGAAGGAGUUUGGACCUGAGGCCAUCCUGCAAAGAGCUGUGGAGACACAGAAUGUCUCCUUUGAUAACAUCUUGCUCACGGCAUUGAGGAAAGAGCUGCUGCCUCAUUGUGACACAGAGGCAACUUCUGCCCCAUCAACUCCGACUGCUGCACCCUCUGAGCCACUUGAACCUGUGCCUGGAGCAGCAUCUGGGCAAACCACCAGGAAGAGGCCCAAACUGAGGUUCAGUAUGAAGAUGCCAAAAAGACGCAGCAAGAAGGUGGCUCCCACUAGUGCCUUUUCUGACUCAACAGCUGGGCAUGUGGAGAGUCUAGCCUCUCGUACACCAUCUAAUAAGGCUACUCCUGUUGUGUCUGCGUCGGGCCAGAAGACUCGUAAACGCUCCUUUUUCAUCAGGAUGUUCGCUUGCUGCAUUCAAGGCACAUCUGAACCUUGAACAUUUACUCUCUCUCUUUCUCCCUCUCUGUCUCUCUCUCUCUCUCUCACACACAUACCUU